AUGGCGGUGAAGGCCAGGCAUCGUGGCGCCAGGCCAGCAGGGCUAUUAUUGGUUGCGCCCAUUCUACUGCUGGCAUGGGCUUGCGGGUGGAACUUGAGCUUUGCCCUUGGGGUGUCUCCGCAGAGCAGACCGAUGCCGCCCAGCAGCAGUACGCGAAUGCCCUUGCCUGGUGCAGAGGCGGCCGCCUCCUCCUCAACGGCCUCGUUCCUCACAGCUGGCGGCCUUGCUGCGCUGGCGAUGGCCUCGGCCGCGAAGCGGGCGAAACUGGUCGGCAGAAAAGCGGAAGAGGUGGAGGACUGGUCUCUGGAUGCCGUGAGCAAGAAAUUUGCUCCCCAGGUUGCGGAGAUUCGCAAGCUUUGCAAGGACCUGCCAGAGGAUUUUGACGACGUCAAGCUCCUCCGCUAUGCCUUGCAGCACCCAGAUUCUCCCAGCGAUGCUGCAGCCAACGUCUCGCUGCCUCGCUUCUAG